GUUCUCUUUAGGUAUGUUAUUUAAAACAUAUAUUAAUUAUAUGCAAAAUAAACAUCAGAUAAAGAUUACUAGGUGGAGUGAAAACUUUGGACAAGAAUAGGAAGUUCUCUUUAGUUUAGACAUGGCUGUCCCAGGUAAAAAGAUGCCCAAAAAUUUUUCAUCAUCAACAAGUAUGGGCUCUGAUCAAGACGUGAAAGUUUACUGUCAGCCAUGUGACCGUGAUGGUCCUCGACUCUCUGCCCAUGGUUACUGUAAAGACUGCAGGGAGCAUCUGUGCGAGACUUGUUUUGUGGUUCACAAGAGGCAUACCCUUUCAAGGCAUCAUACUCUUCUAGAUAAAAACAGCAUGCCACAAACCAUUUCUCCAGCCUCUGUUCAUUCGAGUCAGCCUGACCUUACGAAACCUUGCACUAAACACAUGAAAAAAAUGAUCGAGUUCUACUGUUGGAACCACAAAGCACUACUCUGCAGUGUAUGUGUUACUCUUGAACACACAGGUACAUCUUGCAAAGUCAGCUACAUCCCUGAUAUUUCUGGCCAGAUCAUAAACAGCAAAGAACAUCUAGAUAUCUUGAAAUCCCUGGAAACCAUUACCGAGCAAUGUUACAAGAAAUCAGAAGAUGUGAAGAAAAUUACUGCAAAGUCCAACAGUUCUUUGACAGAUGUAUUGGCUGACAUAAAGAAGUUUCGGACAGAAAUAAAUCAAAGACUAGAUAAACUGGAAAAACAGGCUGAAGAUGCAGCAAAGGCCAUCCAACAAGAAAAUAACAAGAACCUGAUGACAGUAGAAACAACUUGCAAUGAUGUAACCAAGUCUAUGAAGACAUCGUCUGACUCCAUUAAACAUCUCAACACAUCCAAACAAACAGACAACCUUUUCAUGGAGCUUAAAUUUGCUGAGGAAAUGAUCAAAGAUUAUGAGAAAAGUGUCAACCAGCUAGCAUCAUUUGAUGUCAAAGAGUACAACUUUAUACCAAAUAAAGCAAUAUCAAACCUGCUUGACAAGGAGAGGUCACUGGGUACAUUGACAGAGAAAUCAUUAAAACAACGAAGUCCUCCUCCAGCAGUUGAUGUAAAAUCCAGACAAACUUCACAUCAGGGUCAAAUCUGUGUAAAGGCAUCAAAAGAUAAAGACAGAUGUGAUAUAACAGGAAUGACUCUCCUUACUCCUGGUCUACUUAUCAUCACUGACUGGGAUAACAAUGCUGUAAAAAUGGUGAAUACCCGCAGUCAAUCUGUUACUGACCAAUUACAACUAGAUGAUAAGUCAUGGGAUGUCACCUCAGUUACCAGUACAGAACUUGCUGUGACACUUCCUGACAAACAAAAUAUUCAGUUUAUAUCGGUCUGCUCAAACAAACUAAAGAUGAAACAAACUCUGAAGGUUGAUGGAGAAUGUUAUGGUAUAAGUUGCUGUCAGGGGAAACUUGUUGUGUCAUUCCUUUAUCCUGCAAAACUCCAAAUUCUUGAUACCAAUGGUACUAUAUUGACAACAGUCAGGGGAAAAAAUAUUUUCAGCAAUCCAAUAUAUGUUACCACUAACACAAAUUCUAUCUAUGUAUCCGACUGCGAAAAGAAAACAAUUACAAGGUUAAACUGGCAGGGUGAGGUGAUUGGUAGUUAUGGUGGUAAGACUGGGCCUUCUGGUAUAACACUGUCAAAUGAUGGUACUGUUUUAGUGUGUGACUCUACCAGAAAUGUUAUAGAAGAGAUAGCAGGUGACUGCUCUACAGGAAAGGUUGUGUUGAAGGACCUCAACAGGCCCCAUGCUUUAUGUUGGUGUGCUGAAACAAGUAAACUAUACUUCAGCUGUAUUACUAAACAAAACAAACAUGACAACUUUGUUCAAGUCUUCAAGCUGUUAUAACUUGGACAAAACUCACCAACAGUUAGGUACUUCCACCAUCUUGAAUUUAGGGUGACCUUCAUUUGAAGUGUGAAAAUAUAGUGAACAAAAGCUUUCAAAUGCAGCUGUUCCAGAGUACAAAAACAGCUCAGUUUGUAAAACCUGAACUAAAAGUAGCUGUACAAAAAGUAAAACUAAAAUUUGGAAAUAAACAAAGAAGAUAUUUUACCUGUAUUUUCCAAAUUUUUGGUUAGAUUUAUAAAUCCUUUCAAAAUACUUUAUUAAAAAUUCAUGAAUGGCAAAAGUUAGUUCAAAGUUUCAAUUAGUGCAUAGGAGAAUUGUUUUACUGAAUAGAACUAAACUUAGUACAAAAUCUGUUUUCAAAUCUGACCACCUCAUGUAUUAAAACGAAAAUAAAAUAUUGCUAUUUUCAGCAUACAUAAAAGUAGUGCAAUGUGCGGACAAUGAAUUUUCUACGUAUGGUGUACCAAACUGCCUAAAAUUGUAAGAGAAGUCUCAGACUUAAUGUGAACAAGAUUUGGCAACGAUCCAAAAUUCUUUUCAAGGAAUGUGCAAGUAUAAGAAAGGUUUAAUUUAUUAUAGUGGAAUUUAUGUACUUACGCGCUGCUUAUCUCACGGAAAAUUUGGUGGAAAUGGAAUUUUCGGCACUUCCUGCGGUAACUACCGAAAUUACUUAACGUAACUUUCUCACACAUACAUGACUGUAUAUUUAUAAAUUAUAAAAACAAUCGAAAUAUUUGCUUUAUCAAGAUAUAUGCAAAUAUUUUUAGACAAUCUUGAAACAUUUCGCCACAGUCUUUCCACAUACUGGUCCGGGACAAGUUCGGUGUGUACAGUGAUUCCUUAUUAGAUGUUUCAUGCGUCGUAAACUAACCAAUUUUGAUCUAUUGACUUUUUAUACAAUAUGAGAAUUUAUGCAGCAUAUAAUAAAUCGCAGAAAAAAUGUACAGCCAAAUAUGUUAGGAGGUAAUACAAUUUGUAUACUAUUGUAGAAAACUACGUAACAUUUUACAAAAUGCAAUCAUCUGAACUUCUCACACGAAAACCUGAUGAUUAAAAUCAGCAAUAUCUCAAACGUAACUUUUCUGUUACUUGGUUCUUCAUUAAACUAUGAUAUUUUUUCACACUUUCAUAGAUUUAGACUGAUAAUAAAUGUGUAUUGAAAUUCCGGCAUAGAAAUGGACACUGACUUUACAUUAGUGAUUACUGCGGUGUUGACAGCGGAAGCAGCGGUCCAGUACUAAGACUGUCUACGAAACCAAGGAUAACGAGUUCUUUAUCUGAAAAUUAUGAACAUUGGGAUCAGUGUUCAGUAUAUAUACACCUGAAAAUAAUAGACUUGCUCUUUGCCGAGUGCACACUUCUUUUCUAUCGUCGUUAAUAUAAAGCAAGGUAGACUAGUAAAUAUUCGUACAUAUGCAUAAUCUCAUAAACACUUCUUUAAUGUAUGUUCUCUGAAAUUAACAAAUAACUGGCUCAACUGAGACACCAUACUUGAAAGUAAAUUCAGUUUAUUCACCACGAGGUUCAAAAUGCACGGGAGUCUCGUGAUAGUACAUGCCUUUAAUUUCACAUGACUGAAGUGUAAACAAAUAGUUAAAUUUGCUUCUGUUUAUUUCUCACGGAAAAGAUCCGACGUUUUUUUUUAUACUGGAAUAAUUAUAGAACAUAAUAUGCAUUUAAAGUUGAGAGUUGAUUGUUUUCUACAGGACGUAAAACUGAAACAAGUAAGCACUUUUACUGUUUCAGCAAUGUUCCUCAGGUGAACUUUGACAUUGUUUGCGAAGAGAAAUCAGUUUUGUGUCAUCUUGAAAUGAGUUAUUCGGCUGAAACGUAUAGUUCCGGAAAAGUUCUAAAAUGGUUUAUUUUGGGGAUUUUUGUUUUAUUUAUAAAUUCAACGCAAUGUGCAAUAUUUCCAGUUUUUGAAAAUGAUUGAAAUUCAACUUUAUUUUAGAAAAAGUUCCGAUCUUUCAUUAAUAUUUUGCCAGCGGAUGCUUACAAAUUUUAUGUGAAACAGCAUUCUUGUCCAAGAGAGGUGUGUAAAGCAGAAAACUAUCAUUACACAUUGCAUUUAUUCUUUAAAUGUGAAGGAUCGGUAACAGAUUAAGGAGAUCGGACAGUGAAAAUCUAUACUAAAUGGAUAUCUCUAACCAUGAAUAAGGAGACAUACAUAUUUCAGUAAGGAAAUCUGAAGUAAAAGAACAAUCAUAUUUCAUUCCUGGAAAUAAACAUGGCGGUGAAAUAUUUUAGAAAAACUGUGCACGUGUUUUGCGCAUUAGAAUGUUCAACAACAUUUUCCAGAAAAAGUUAAGCUCGUGUGCAUUAUUUUGGCAUUUUUUUUAUUUGAAAAUAAUUAUUUUAUAGCAAUUUAGGUUGCAUACGAUACUGAAUUUUUGCACCAAAAAUGUUCACUCAUAUUCUUCCAAAGCUCUGUGGAGAUAGGGUUCAGCGUAGCCUUCAUGCUCGCAAGUUUACCUACAGAUAUAUCUUUUCAACUUUUAUCAUAUAUAUUUUGUGUCCUUGCAUUUCAAAAGCUGUUUCGAGGGUUCUGAUUUUUCACAUGAAUUUCUAAUUUCAAUUUACGGAAGUACCUUAAUCAAUGUAUACUGUGAAAUUAUAACUAAGUUUUGUAGAUUUCAAGAUUGUUUUAAUCCAUGAAAUUUAAAGACGCUCGCUACAGUUUCGUAUUUUUUUUCUCAAUAAUAGAUUUUGAUGAAAUGUUUUGUAUUAAAAGAUCAUGUUAAGAUGUAUUGAAAAAUUAAACUAGAAUGUGUCUGUAGGACACAGGGUGUGCCCCCCACAGGUACAUUAGUCACAAAUAAGGGGCAAUAAUUCAAAUGUUUGCAGUCUUAAUGGGGUAUAGCCUCAACAAACAUUUUAUGAAAAGGGUUCCUUAUUCUAGGCCCUAUACUUUUUGAGCUAUGAGCAUCACAAACAAAAAAUCCACUAUUCUGGCUAUUUCAAGGGCCAUAACUCUGUAAUAAGAGUAAGAUUCUCAAGAAGAAUGCCAAGAGUGCAAUGCCACAUCAUGAUAAAGACUCCUGCAAGGUUUCCUGAAUUUACAUCUAAUACUUUUUGAGCUAGGCACAUAAUUAGGUGAAAAAGUGCAUUUUUUUACUAUUUCAGGGGCCAUAACUUUAAAAAUAGGGGUGGAACCUGCCAAAAAAUUAGAGGUGUGCAAGUUUAUAUCAUGAUAAAGAUUUAUGCAAGUUUUCAACCAUUUAUAUUAAAUACUUUUUGAGCUAGGCGCGU